GCGGUCUGGGCACAUAACCUGUAGAAUUUUGAGGUACGUUCCACUUAAAGACUGCGACGAUUGCAACGUCCCAAAUUUCGUUCCACUUGACGCCACAAAUGUUGUGGUCGAUGUCGAAAACGUCAUAGUUGACGUCAUUAAUAGUCGACCGCAAAGCCCGCUUCGCGCGUAAAACAGAGUUUCCUUUCACCAAAAUGACUACCCUAAGUUUAUAUCAUGACGGCCAGUUGGUAGAAUUAAUUGUAUCUGCGGAGGAUGCGGAGCGUGCACAAAAUGAUAUGCAGUUUGCUGCAAAGCUGUUAAACGCAGGAUUAUCGGAAACCGCUGCGGAAGAAGAAUCGAUUGUAUCCCCUGAAGAAGAAUCCAUUGUAUCCCCUGAAGACGUAGAUCGGGGUGACGGAGGUUCAUUAUAUAGAUGGACAACGCCAUCAAUUUUACUGUUAUUGGAGACAUAUCGGUCAUAUGAAUCCCAAUUUACCGAUGGCAGGCAACCGCAAAAAAAAGUAUGGGACAAGGUUGCAGAGAUUUUAAAUAAUAAUGUAACUGGAAUGCAGUGUGCCGCAAAACUGAGAAGUUUAAAAAAAACGUAUAAAUCCAUAAAAGAUCACAAUGCGAAAUCUGGCAACGACAAGAGAACUUGGAAAUUUUUUGACCUUAUGGAUGAAAUAUUUUCGAAGCGUGCAUGGUGCAAUCCGGUUGCGGUUGCGUCCUCCUCAGAUACAGAUGUCAAACCACAGGAUAAUACCAGUGCCCCAUCAACAUCGAAACCAAGUACCAAUGUGCUUAUGGCCAAAAGAUUAAGACAAAAGGACGAGCAUGAGGAAGCAAGAGCAAAGCGACAUAAGGAGAGGUUAGAAAUGGAUCACAAGUUUUUAGCAGUUUUGGAAAAGCUAGCAAAUAAAUAAUAAAUUCUAUUUUAUAUUAUUGAUGAAGU